AUGGAAAAGCCGGAGCUGAGGGCCGGGGGCGAUGGUUGCAGAGAGCUGGAGCCGAAGCAGGUGAAAGUUUUGGAAGCUCAAUAUACUUUGCUUUACCAGAAUAUACAGUAUGGCUGCAGGGUUCUGGUUGAUGCACGGGACAAACUGGGGAUCCCUUGGCAGUACACAGAGAAUGAGAAGCAUGGAAUGUUUUUGAUGGCUUUUGAAAACAAAGCUGGAAUGCCCAUAGAGCCUGCCACCUUCCAGCUGUAUGUACCUGCCCUGGGCGCACUGUGGAGGGAUUCGGGAAUCAAGGAAGCCUUCAGCCGUCGGAGCGAGUAUCAGCUGGGUGAAUCGGUCAAAUACUUCCUGGAUAACCUGGAUCGAAUCGGUCAGCUGAAUUAUUUCCCCAGCAAACAAGAUAUUUUGCUGGCUAGAAAAGCCACCAAGGGGAUAGUAGAGCAUGAUUUCAUCAUUAAAAAAAUACCUUUCAAGAUGGUGGAUGUAGGUGGACAGAGAUCUCAGCGUCAAAAGUGGUUCCAGUGCUUUGAUGGAAUAACUUCAAUUUUGUUUAUGGUCUCCUCCAGUGAGUAUGAUCAGGUUCUCAUGGAAGACAGGCGCACAAAUAGACUUGUGGAGUCCAUGAAUAUUUUUGAGACAAUAGUCAAUAACAAGCUUUUCUUUAAUGUUUCUAUUAUCCUAUUCCUCAACAAGAUGGACCUUCUUGUAGAGAAGGUAAAGACUGUCAGCAUUAAGAAGUAUUUCUCGGACUUCAAAGGUGACCCUCACAGGCUAGAAGAUGUUCAGCGUUAUCUGGUGCAGUGCUUUGACAGAAAGAGGAGAAACCGCAGUAAGCCGCUCUUCCAUCACUUCACCACUGCCAUAGACACUGAAAACAUCCGCUUUGUGUUUCAUGCAGUGAAGGACACAAUCCUUCAAGAGAAUCUGAAGGAUAUUAUGUUGCAGUGA